AUGGAGAAGCGAUGUCCAAAAAAGGAAGGAAAGAAUAAUGACGUAAAGCUCUCGAAAGAUGACGACGUAAUGGCUGAAAUCAUCAAAUUCUCAUCUUCACUUCUAAACAACAAACACCCAAUUGCCAAUCCUAAAACAACCGCCAAGAACACCCUUGCAUUAAACGACAUGACGGCCAACAUCAACAAAUACCCAAUCCCCGAAUUUAUCCCAAAAAGUACAGCUCCUCCCACUCUCACCGUCGACCACCUCCCUUUCCCCCCACCACCCAUCUUCCGAAGCGGCGGCUUUUCAAUCGCAGCCGAAGCUUAG